AUGGCCUUCACGGUCCUGUCCGACGAUGAUGUGAAGCAGCUCUUCCAAAACUUCGGCCCCGAAGACGUCUCGCACAUGUCAAACGUCCUCACCGACGCCUUCCUCUCCUACUCCGUCGGCCAGGAAGCCCAAUACCAACCCCACCGCGCCGCCGUCGUCCGCCCCGACGGCACCACCGGCCUCUUCAUGCCCGCGACCAUGGAGGGCGGCAUGUCCGUCAAGGUCGUCAGCCUCCCGCCGCCAGAGGCCGCUUCCAGCGGUCUCCGCUGCGUCCUCACCGUCUGCGACGGCACCGGCAGGGCCAUCGGCAUCAUCAACGCCGAGGAGCUGACGGCCUUCCGCACCUCGCUAGGUUCCAUCCUGCUGUACCGCUACCGCAAGCAGACGGCGAACAUCGUGGUCUUCGGCGCCGGAAAGCAGGCCCUCUGGCAUCUUCGUCUGGCUUUGGUGUUGCGCGGGAAGGAUAUCAAGAGCGUCACCAUCGUGAACCGAUCCGAGCCCCGCGCGAGCCAGCUCAUCGAGCGGUUGCGAAGCAUGGGCUCGGCCAGCGGGGUGGGAGAUUGCUCCGGGGUGAAGUUCUCCAUCAUCGAGGCCGCGCCGGGGACGACGCCCGCCGACGAGGGGUCACUGCGCUCCGCUGUCGAGGAGAGCGACGUCAUCUUCUGCACGACGCCGUCUACCGAGCGCCUGUUCCCCUCCGAGUGGCUGACCUCGGACCGGGCGACGGCGAAGACGCGGUACAUUGCGGCCAUCGGGUCGUAUAAGCUCAACAUGAAGGAGAUCGACCCCGACUUCCUGCGCGCCAUCGUCGACACGCCGCUUGGUGCGUUCAAGACUUCCGGAGGGGAGAAGAAGGAAGGCGUCAUCUUUGUGGAUAGCAGGGAGGCCUGCUUCCUGGAGGCGGGAGAGCUCGUGGAGGCCAAGAUCCCGGCGGAGAAGAUUACAGAGGUUGGCGAAUUCACUGAUAGGUUGAGAAAGGCAGAUGAGGGCGAGGAGAAGGCGUUGCGCGAGUGGCUUGAGAAUGGUCUCAUUAUUUACAAGAGCGUUGGCAUUGGAAUCAUGGAUUUGUCGCUUGGAAAGGUCAUUCUCGAAUUGGCUGGGAAGCACAAGGUCGGCACGACAAUUGCGAAGUUCUAG